AUGCCUGAACUCAAACUGAUCUCAUUUGUGUCUAAUUUUGGUGGACAACUGGGCAUGUGGUUAGGCAUAAACCUCAAAUCUGGGCCAAAUAUGUCAACAUUUAAAGCGGGUAUAAGUCGUCUCUUUUCUCGUGAAAAUAGUCUUCACGACGAGGAUAGCGUCCAAAGAGAAGAAAUACUUAUUUCACGAAAUGUUCAGAUUAUUGGACACAAAGACUUCAAAACAGAGUUUCGAUGCAAGCGAGACAUCAAUUUGUUUGUCUCUAACUAUCAUAUUCUUCUCGAUUGCAAAGCCAUUAAUUUAGAGUCUAUUGUCAAUAACAUCUUAACUUACUACAAGUACUACAGUUGUUCGCUUCCAUCCAUCAAAAGACGGCAGAUUUGUAUCGCAAGACUAUCUGAACCGACAAACCUUGGGAUCACUUCACAUAACAUUAAAUUCUUUAUACUUAUAUUAGCGCCACUUAAAGAAAAAUUAACCAAAAGUUCACAAGAAAUUAGUCACACAUUCGCCACUCUAUUCGCCGACAUAUACUUCAGAUUGGAUUUAAUUAACGCUAAGACUGAACAACAAUUCAUUGAAUUUAUCGAUAAAAGAGUGCAUCGAUUGACAAAUAAAACAACUGUUCAUAACUUGAGUGCAAUCGACGAACUUAGACAGAAAUAUGAAGAAAAACAAACAAAAAAAUUUGGUGUAAGCUUUGGUAGCGGACUCAUCGAAAACUUUAAGCGACGGUCUAAUUAUUAUUUGAGUGACUAUAUCGAUGGUUUUGUGGGCCCACCAAAGACUAUACACAAGACUGUGGCCACAACGGUGUCCCUGUAUUUCGCAAUACUCCUGCCGUGUAUAGCGUUUGGAGUCCGCGAUCACAACAACACCAAUGCUUUGAUCGAUACGAGACGUGCACUCAUUGGACAGACUAUUGGUGGAGCGGUGUUUGCAUUACUCAGUGGUCAGCCACUGGUCAUCAUUAUGACAACAGCGCCGUUAUGUCUCUAUACGAAAGUGGUUUACGACAUAUCCUAUCAGUUGGAGGUUGACUUCUACGACAUGUUUGGCUGCGUUGGGCUCUGGAAUGUCUUCUUUGUCUUAAUGUAUGCCUUCUUUGAUGUGAGUUAUCUCAUGAAGUGGUGCACGAGAUCUACGGAAGAGAUCUUCGGGUUGUUCUCAUUCUUUGCAUUCCUUAUCGAACCGAUCAAAGACUGUAUUCAAAAUUACUACUGUUUUGAUCCACCAGUGAAUACAAGUACUUCAUGUGGUGAUUGUAGUCCACAAAGCAGUGUCUUAUUUGUACUCUUAAUGUUACUGACCGUAUGGCUCGCAGUCGCUAUUUAUAACUUCAAUGCAUCACCAUAUUUAGAUCACAACAAAAGGGAAAUACUGGCGGAUUAUGCCCUUCCCAUAGCUGUCAUAUCAAUUAGUUUUGUGGGCACUUAUCUGUUUCGUCAUGUAAAUGUUUAUAUAUUAAACAACUGCACCGACACUUUAACCCUAACAGCGGCCGCACUGGUCAACAACCCCAGCAAUAAGUUGAAGAAAGGGGAUGCCUAUCACUGGGAUCUCCUAGUGGUGGGUCUCUUAAAUAUAUUCCUAUCAGUGUUCGGUCUACCCUGGAUGAAUGGUAUGCUACCCCACUCCCCCAUCCACGCCCGAAGUUUGGCUGAUAUACAGCAAACUGUUGACCCAAACGGACAAAUCAGGGAACGUGUGGUUCGGGGCCGUGAGACAAGAGUCACCGGAUUAGCCACUCAUAUAUUAAUUGGGUUAUCAUUACUACUAAUACCGGAACCGCUUGAUUACAUACCGGUGCCCGUUCUCAACGGUUUGUUCCUCUACUGUGCCAUUGCCUCACUUCGAGGCAACUCUUUUGUCGAAAGAAUGUUACUCUUUGUAACCGAACAGACGGCAUAUCCGCCUAACCAUUACAUACGCCGGUGCCCACAGAAACUGAUCCACGCGUUCACAAUGAUUCAGAUCAUUCAGUCGGCAGUUCUCUGUUUCUUUGCCUUUUCUGUCUGGCCUUACGUCCAAAUGGCAUAUCCGGUGGUCAUUGCGAUCCUCAUUCCCAUUCGGUACUCAUAUUUAUAA